GAGCCGCUUUGGUGGUUGAAAGACUACGGUGGACCGUCAUUCUCAAUGUGAGGAUAAUUUAUGGCAGAUAUUGCCUACCCAAAUUAUUCUCCACCGCUCCCACUGUUUUGCUUAAUUCAAUACAUCACUCACUCUACUCACACUCCCACCUUUUCACUAGUAAAAUUCUACUGAUUUCCAAAUGAAGAACAAUUCUUCAUCGCCCACUUCUUCUACGUCAACACCUGUAUCGGUUUCCCUGAAGAGAGAUAGGUCCUCUUCUGCUUCUUUGUUGGGGAACAGUGGUUACAAAUUCUGGGUUUUAUCCGCUAUUCUCCUCCUGGCCUUCUGGUCUAUGUUCACCGGCUCUGUUUCUCUCAAAUGGUCCUCCGGCAACCUUACCAGAUUCUCUAACGACGUUGAUUUCUCUAUCGACGAGGAUCUCGACAUUCUCGAAGUGGAGGAGAGAAAGAAGAUGGUGAGGCGAAUGUGGGAUGUGUACACGCAUGGCAGUAAUGUUCGUUUGCCUCGUUUUUGGUCAGAGGCCUUUGAAGCUGCUUAUGAGUACUUGACCAGUGAUGUCCCCGGCGUUCGAGACGUUGCCGUUUCGGAGAUUGCCAAGAUGUCCUUUCGUUCCCACAAACUUGACUCACUUCCUGUUAAAUCCAAGAGUUUAAGAGAAGCAGGAAAAGAUGGGAUUGGGAAGGAAGCUGAUAAAAUAAAAGAGGUGAUUACGGUAGCUAGUAGCUAGAAAAAUGAAUUCUGGAAAACUCUUGAGCUUUUAGAAAUGAAGAUGGCAAAGCCAUUGGUUGUAUGCAAUCUACUUAUGUUCUGGUCAAUUAAUCUGUUAUAGAUUUGUAUUUUAUCUCAGCCCACCCAGACCCAGACCGUUGCUUGUAAUUUAUGAAUGUGUAAGAAGGCCGACAAUUUGAAUAAAAAGUUUCAACAAAACCUUAGCUUCAGUUGUA